UUUCUCUCUCUCUCCAGCUGAAUCUGAUCUCGGAUCAACAAGUCUUUGCACAGGCUGAGCUGAAGCCACUCUAGUGGGUGAUGUUGGUUAUUGUCGGGAGUUAAAGUGUCCGCUUAGAAAUAAAACGUGGAAGUUUUUUUCAGACUGUUGUUGCGGGACAGACAGCAGCAGUGAAGAGUUCAGACUUUUGUCAUGGCACAGAAGUCAUCUGCGGGCUGGUUUGGAGUUUUUCUCUUGACACCGGUCAUAGUUAUUCUUGUGGGGAGUCCGAUCAGCGCUCAGCACUCUGUGCACCGGUUCCACCGUCCCACCAGGACCUCUGGGCCAUUUGUGAUACCGGGCCGCGUUUCAAGAGUUUAUCUGAACCCGGAUCAGCUUAGUCGGCUGCACUUCAAGCCCACCGUAGGCACCAUCCUGCUGUCGGAGGGCCAUGAGGCCAACUUCAACUGCUCAAUCGACAUCCCUGAUGCCAGGCUGGAACCCACCAUCAGCUGGGUGAAGGAUGGACAAGACUUUUCAGGAAGUACACAUGUGCUGUUCAACGAACUCCAUGCCACCACAGAUGGUGUCACGACUCUCUGCUCCACUGUCAGAAUUAAAAAUGUGCAGCGUUCGGAUGCUGGGGAGUAUCGCUGCAAAAUGAAUAUCAGCACCAAAAUUGUUGAAUCUCAGCCAACCAUCCUCGAGAUUGAAGGUCUACCGACAUUUAUCCAUCAACCAGAGGACCAGAACGUAACAACAAACACACCAUUCACACUGACCUGUGAGGCAGUAGGACCUCCAGACCCCGUUCAAAUCCGCUGGCUCCGUGAUGGACUACCUGAUAAUGACAUUCACAACUCUCCUAACAGCUACACUGUGUCAGGUGUGGACAAGUACACUCAGUUCAGCUGUGAAGCUCACAAUGCGAAGGGUGUCACCACGUCCAGAGAAGCAAACAUCAACAUCAAAGUGCUUCCCAGCCCUGUGUAUAAUGUCACUGUGAUGGAGAGACAGUCAAAUAAGUUGAUGGUGAGCUGGAGCCCUGGACAUGAUGGUUUCUCUCCACUAACUCGAUGCCACAUCAGGAUUAAAGAGGUGAGUCGGAGAAAAGGAGAGGUGACGAACACCCGGUUCAUCAAUGUCACAGUGCCGCCUUUCCAUUAUGAAAUCCCUGGACUGCAGGCUAUGACGUGGUACAACAUGAGCGUUUCCUGCAGCAAUGAGGUGGGAGCCUCUCCUGUCACCAUGUGGAUUCAGAGCAACACCACAGAGGGAGUGCCAUCAGUUUAUCCUCGAAAUGUCACCGUACAAGUGAACGAGUCCUGGCUGGUGAUCAGUUGGAAACCUCCCCCUGACGAUAAGAUAAAUGGCAUUCUGCAGGGCUAUGAUGUUAUAGUCAGACAUGGCACACAAGUGAUCAAGAUCCACACAAACACCACCGUGGCCUUUGUAGAAGUGCAAGAAUUCAACGCAACCUACAGUGUGGAGGUGGCUGCAUGCACACGCGCAGGGAGCGGCAUGGUCAGCCCACGUGUCGUUCAGUUUGUGCCAGAGAACAAAUCAGUCAUGUCCCCAUCGUCCAGUCCUGACACUGAGGUUCCAGAUUCUCUCUAUGUUGUGCUGGGCGUGGUGUGUGGCUUCUGUCUUCUGAUGCUUAUCCUAUCGGGGGCUAUCUGUGUACGCAACAGGACCUCUGACUCUUGCUUUGGGUGGGUGCCUGGAGGUGGAGAAAAGCUGCCGCCUAUUGUACAGUACAAACCCCAGAGAUCCUACAAUCGAUCAGCCAUAGGAAUGACACUUGGGAACCUUGGUGUUAGUGAUGAACUCCAGGCAAAACUUGCGGACGUGAUGGUCUUGAGGAACUUGCUCUCAAUAGGGAAGAUUCUUGGAGAGGGUGAAUUUGGCUCCGUGGUGGAGGGACAUUUAAGACAACCUGACGGAACGUCUGAAAAAGUCGCUGUGAAGACAAUGAAAUUGGAUAGCUUCUCUCAAAGGGAGAUUGAAGAGUUCUUGAAUGAGGCGGCCUGCAUGAAAGAUUUCAACCAUCCGAAUGUCAUCAGACUGCUCGGUGUGUGCAUGGAGGUAGGCUCAGGACAUUUUCCCAAGCCCAUGGUCAUCCUGCCAUUCAUGAAAUAUGGAGAUCUACAUAGCUUCCUGCUGCGCUCACGCCUGGGAGAGAAUUCACUGUUCUUGCCGACCCAGACCCUCCUGAAAUUCAUGGUUGACAUCGCUUUGGGGAUGGAGUAUCUCAGCAGUCGUAACUUUCUGCAUCGUGACCUGGCAGCUCGAAAUUGCAUGUUGCGUGAUGACAUGACGGUGUGUGUAGCCGACUUUGGGUUAUCUAAGAAGAUCUACAGUGGAGAUUAUUACAGGCAAGGCAGAAUAGCCAAAAUGCCUGUAAAAUGGAUUGCAGUAGAGAGUCUGGCAGACAGAGUUUUUACUGUAAAGAGUGAUGUGUGGGCAUUUGGCGUUACCAUGUGGGAGAUUGCUACACGAGGCAUGACACCAUACCCCGGCAUCCAGAACCAUGAAAUUUAUGACUACCUUCUUGAAGGACACAGACUGAAGCAGCCAACAGACUGCUUGGAUGAGCUGUAUGAGAUCAUGUACAGCUGCUGGAGGGCCGACCCGUUGGACCGACCCCUCUUUCUUCAACUGCGAGAAAUGUUGGAAAAGCUCACAGAAAAGCUUCCAGAGUCUUUCAGCAAGGAAGACAUCAUCUAUAUUAACACCAGCUUUCCCGAAGAGGACCCUGAUGGAGAAACGCAUCCUGCAGAACUUCCUGUGUUCAACUCGUCACCUUGCUGCAGCCACCAAGUGGCAGAAAAUUCAGUAGUUACUGCAGAUGUUCACGGGAGCCUGGAGGAUGAGGAAGAUGGCGAUGAUCGAUAUGUGAUAGUGAUCUCCUCUGAUCGCUCCCUGAGAUCUCCUGCCGUGGACACUCCUCUUUUGUCAAGCGAUGCUUUAAGUCAAGCAAAUGGGGACAUGGUUACUGAUCACAGCUCCAGUGACACUUCUUUUCUGCUGUAAAGAUCGGUACCCAGCAGAUCCAAACUGUAAUAAACCUGUCACCGUGGUUCAACAGUACUAAACGUUAAUGCCUCAUUGCACUGGAAGCACCUUGACAUUUCCUGAUGUGGAUUUUCUGUAGUAUUCUUCUGCAAGCAGUUAAUGCUUUACAUGGCCAGCCAACAUGUGAGUGUUAGGGAAUGUUGUCUGUGUAUCAGCGUCAGACAUGUUCGUGCACAUGUUCCAUAAGCUUACGAUACACUGAACUGUGAAAUUGUUUACUGUAUUGAAUUUCUUUGUUGCAAUGUAAAUAGAAAUGUACAGGACAUUUAUAAAAUGAUCUUAUAUACAGUAAAAAGACAUGAUUCAUAUAA